ACUUUAUAACAGCACGAACAGCGCUGGCGUCAAUCUAGUCCGAGAGCGACUUUCAGCACUGCAGGGACUACUACUCUACUCUGUUGGGACUUUUUUUUUGGAGCACUUGUUUUUUGCUUCCUGCGAGCCCGAGUCUCUCUUUGUUUUUGUGGGAAUACAAGCUGCCCGCUCAUAAUCGUCUGUAAAGAUGCUGCUCCUACUACUGGGAAUCGUCCUACUGCACGUCGCUGCCCUGGUUCUCCUGUUUGUGUCCACAAUUGUCAGCGUAUGGACGACAGGUGAAACUAGCUCCGCAGACCUCUGGAUAAACUGCACCUCUGUCAAUGGAUUCCACUGUGACCCAGCAUCAACUGGAGAGUGGAUUCAGGCGGUCCAGGCUCUAAUGAUCCUGUCUAUCAUCUUCAGCUGCCUGUCUCUCUUCCUCUUCUUCUGCCAGCUCUUCACUUUGCAGAAGGGCGGACGCUUCUUCCUCACUGGAACCUUCCAGAUCCUUGCCAGUUUGUUUGUGAUGAGCGGCGCCAUCAUCUACACGGUGAUGAGUCCGGAGUGGGUGCCGGAGACUAACUCCUUUGGCUAUUCCUACAUCCUGGCAUGGGUGGCCUUCCCGUUGGCGCUGAUCAGCGGACUCAUCUAUGUCAUCUUGAGGAAGCGAGAAUGAGCCGUCACUUCGCCCCAGUGUUCCCAGUAGACCCCCAACUGCAAGUGUCACCAGUUCUCCUCUGAGGUGGAAGUUGUCGUGUCAAAGUACCAACAAUCAAAAGGAGUCACCAGGCCAACACACCCGGGCCACGCCACACAAAAGGGGGGGUGGGGGUGGGGGGUGAUACCAACAAACAACAUGCAAACACAACACAAAAACAACCAAUACUGUCUCAUUUAAAAGAUGUAUAUAGUAUCUAUGGUUUAAACCUAUUUAUAACACUUUUUACAUAUAUGUACAUAGUUUUUGUGUUGCUCUGUCAAUGAAUACGUGUAAGAGCUUUGUUUUAGCUGAUAAAGUGCCUCAGUGUUUGUUUGUAAUGAUAUAAUUGGAUGCUAUUUUUGUGUGUUUUCUUUGCUUUUUUUUUUUUCUUCAUUUGGUAACUGCCAAAGAAUCGGUAAAAACAACAAGAGAAAACGUUUCUUGAACUAUAUUAACCAAAGUGCAUGUAUAGAAAUAGAAGGGUUGGGAAGAUUUUCGUUUGGAUAGAUUUGCUUUGCAUAAAGAGUGGAAACAUCCGCGGGCGCAGCAUAGCAAUGAGGUAUAGAUUUUGGUCCUUUUCUAUUUUGUGAAUUUGCAAGUUUCCGUGUUUUUUUUUUUUUUAUUUCUAUUUCUUAUUUUCAACAAAAGAUGGUGCUAUAUAUUUAUCAUUCCUAUUACUGAUAGCAAUCAUUUACAACAGAGUUAUUUUGUUAUUGUUUAGUCAGAUUGCCAUUACUUAAAGUGAGAAUCAGAGAAGGUGUACAACUGUACAUACAGUGCCUGACUGCAUAUUUAGGGAACACAGCAGAUUUUACCUUGCAGUGUCUGACUUUUUUAUUAUUUUUUUUUAUUUUACUUUCUUCAUCAGCUACUAUUAAAAAGUGGAUUUUUGAGCUUGGGGUGGUGCACUGAUGAAAUCAAAAAAUCAUUUGUAAUGUCAGUAUUAUUCUUCAAGUUUUGAAAGAGUUUGAUCACCGUGAAAUUACUUUACAUACGCUUUACUUUAGCUCGAGUUGCCUUUAAAUGUCCCUCAUUCUGAUGUUUGUGUUCACCCUGUGACCAUGGCUGUUCAGCGUCUAAAGAAGUCAAAUUGCUUACUUACUAGAGUACUACAAAGACAAAUAACACCAUGGGACGUCGCCUGAGGACAAAAGAAAAACAGUGUAAUUCUAACAUUACUAUUAACAAACACCACUCACUUGAAGCCAUAUGAGAAAAUACCAGAAGAUAGGAAAAAUAUUUAGUAUUAACUUUAUAUGUGAGUACAAAAGACAGAGGUUUGCAGUGAUGAUACAAAUGUCUGUUUCACAUACUUGAAGUUUGACAUGCUGCAGUCUCUGCCCACUGACGUCUGUGUGUUCGUCUACUCUACUGUAUAAAACACUGUUUAUAUAUGUUGUGCAUAACAGAUGUUGAUGACAAUCUAACCUUAAAAAAAAAACAAAACACUCACUUACUCAAUAAAACUUCUCUCGCAUUAUCUAAUACUGUGUAUUCCACUGGUACAAGGGACUGGAUUCACACUAACACUUGAUGCAUGAGGAGCAAAAAAAAAGACGACAGUGAAUUACGUGAGUUUGGGCCACAAGAGCAUUGUAUGGAUUUAUCUGCCAGUAAAUGGUAAUAAGACAUUAAAAUGGAAGCAAACUGCGACGCAUUUGUGGCGACGAAUCCGUCACAACUGGCAGUCGACCCGCCGCUAGACGUCAACAGCAUGUGAACUCCUGUUUACAGUCUCGCCGUGCAAGCAAGUCCUCCUUACAGUGUGCAGUCAGACCCGGUUAAAUCAAAUGUGCUGCCUUGUGCAUGUGGAUGCACUCGUUACACACACACUCACACGGCGGCAAAGACACACACGUUGGCACUCGGUGCCAGUUAUUCUAACCACGCGGCUCGUGUUUCAGUGUCAACAGUGUCUCUCUCAUAGCGUCGGACGUAAAAGGAGUUCGAACACUGUAGGCGAGGGUCUGUCCUCCAUUUGACAUCUCCUGUGAGAUCAUGUGCCCCCCAUUGAAACCAGGGUGAAGUAUUUUGAUUCGGAGCUUAGACUAGCCAGUCUGCUGUGGGGUUUAGGCGAUUAAUGACGGGUUCAGUUAGAAGAGACCGCCUCUAAUGACAACUGCCCUCUCUACUACUUUGUGUAAAACUACAGCAUUCAAUUGUCUAUACCAUGUUUACACCUAAACAUCCAAAAAAUGCUCUUGAUAUUACCAAAGCUACUUUGACGUUAAUCAUUAAAGGAUGUUUCUUACCACCAAA